GUUAGGAUGAAAUACAUGUCCGUCUUUUCGGAAACUGCAACGGUCGACGAUGCGCUGGUCCGCGUUUACGGAUCGUUAAUGAAUGCUUUGUAUGGCUACGGUUCGCGACCUCGUCCCCGAGGAACCGCAAUUGUCACAAGAUCUGGACGUGUGGUUGGACAUCUUGCUUAAGCGAAAAGAAGGGAGACGAGUGAGAGGCUUGUGUGCUGCCGAACAUAGAAGAGUUUUAGUAGUGGAGAAAGACGGUAUGUCUUCUUCAAAGGGCGAGGUGGAGCCAACGGGGACCUCCGGGAAGGAAUCACGAAAAGAUUCCACGAGGCGGUCGUCUACUGCCACACAGGGGUGGUCGAACCAUUCGAGGUCGAAAUGGUUCAUCGAAUGGUGCUAUGAAGACGCUUCCUACCCCACUGCGCAGCCAUGUGGUCCUGUCAUCUUCAUCGAUGACAGCAGAAGGCGUAGAGUGCUUGGUGUCGUCUUGCGGUGGGAGGACGCAAAGGGGGGCCGACGACAUUUCUAUAUGCAGAAAGUUUAUGGCGCCAAGGGCAACGUCGUUGCCAAUUCGAAAGGGACGUUGUUGGACCUCGAAUUGUGUGAGGGGUUCGGAGCGGGUGCUGUGAACACCCCGUUCUACAGAGAACUCGUUCUUGGGGGCUGUUUUGUUUUGGCGCGUGAAUUUUUCGACAUGUUGGAGGACAAAAACAUCGCUCUAGACGUCCCCUGUGACGUCAACCCAUCCCUGGAGCUGUCGUUGCCAUUGAAGUUGUGCAGCGGUUGCGAGUCAAGCGGGGCAGCGGCGGAGGGCGGUGAUCUGGGUUCCGGUCCAGCCACUCAGCUGCACCGUGGCGAGAGCCGAGGUCAGUUUGACGACAGCGAGGAUGAGGGGACUGCUCCGCCGUUGAGUGACACGCGGCGGUCUGUGUUGUCUAUUCCUGGGGUUCAGACUGAUGCUCCGGUUCAACGGAAGAGUACGGGGCCUGCAGUACAGGUGGCAGCCUAUUCGGAGGUCGACUUGGAGGCGAGCGAGGGACAGGGUGUGGAGGAGGUGGACGCGGGAGGCCUGGGAUCGCAAGGAGCUCCGAAAAAGAGGAGGGGGGAUCGUCCAGACGAGUUCGCCGGUUCUACGAAGAAGUUAAAGAGCAAGGCCCCCAGGACUGCGUGGGAGAAACGCAAGGGGACCGAGGGGGAGCAGGGCCGGCAGGUUGCCAAACGACCGUCUUCGAGACAGAAGCAGCUUGAGUCGGGACUGUCUUCUCCACCGACAACAGGGACUCCCAUCAUCGUUGACGCCGGGUACUUCCUCGAGUACAAAGACGGCGUUCGGACAAAGCGGGAGUUCGACAUUAGCCCUGCGCAGAUCGUCGACCUCGGGGACUGGGAGGACCUAUACAACCAGCGGUCCCUAGAUCCCGUGCUCGUGGAAGGGAUCAAAGAAGCGAUGCGGUUGGCGUUCGAAAACAAAGCGCAGUCUUACGAUUUACCAACCCUGAAACUGGCGCCGUUGGGGCUUGAUAAACCGACUCCGGGGACCAAGGCAGAACGUCUGAGGCCGGAGGAUUGGAGGGAUGAGCUGGCGGGACAAUACUACUACUACGCGGUGUGUGGGCAGCACAACGCGGCUGCAGCGAGGUCGCUGCUCGGCAGCGAGGUGGCCAGGAAAUAUAAUUUCGAGCGGUGGCCUGCACGAAUGGUCUACUUUUCGGACGACGACUUCGAAGGGUACUUCCUUGUCAGUUCCCAAGACAACAAGAAAGACCUGAAGGCGCCCCCACGACAGCUGAAGCUGUCAAUGAGGGACAUUAGGUGGCAGUGGAAGCGCGCCGGUUGCCCGCGUGCUGUUAUGGGGAACCCCAUCGGAAAACAGGAUCAGGUCCGAAAGUGGCGUGAAUUCUGUAAUAUUGCACUCAACAUGACAUCGCACAACAACUUGUGGAUUCUCGCAGAUCAGCAGGGCGAGGAGGCCAUCAAGAAACAAGGCGCUGCCCUGCGUAACUAUUUCCCGCUGGCGGUGGCAGGGGAGAACGUCUGGAAACUGGACUGGAUCAUGCGGAAGAAGAAAGUCAAAAACGUGAAGCCUGGGGUUGCAUACAUCCAUAAUGACAAGCUGGGCAGGAAGGAGGUCGUGUACAACGUCCCUGUGGACCCGCCGACAAAGAAAGGCAAAAAGGAGAAAGAGGAGGGCGAGUGGUUCAUGCAAGUGCCAGAGCCGGACGCACAUUGUUGGAAAACGAUGGAGUCGCUAACAGACAACAAGAAGUGUCGCGUCCUUAAGAAGGUGCUGGCUUGCGAGGUGGUUUGGGUACAGGCCGGCUCCGCAGCGUUGGCGAAGCUGAGCGUCCAGGAGGUGGUGAAUUUGGUGAAGUGCGACCGGGUGCUGGUGCGUCUGUGGAACUACUACCAGUUCAAGCACGACAAAAGGCCGGACGCGGAUUGGAGCCAGAGGUUCCCGUUCCUGAAAUCAAGGUCCGCAAUUUUGAGACAGUUUGAGAGUCGUGGUUUGGAUGCUGAGUUGUGGGACGGGAGCACGAAAUACGUCACUGAAUCCUCGCUGUUCAAGGACUGCCCGCCCUACAUGGGCUGCGACGACGACAGAUCGAUCGAGGCGACGGAGAAGCUGGCCGUCCCUUUACUCGUGGAGUCAGAGAAGGAGCUGACGUUCGGCAGUUACUCCUCCUUGAUCUCCACGGAAGACGAGGAGACCACCGGCAUCGAUUUCGACGUGACCGCAGACGAGGAGGGCAGCAACACCGAAAGCCUUGACCUGCAGUACGACCAACAUUUCACGCAGCACGCUAUAGGGUCGUCCCUGGCAGGUCCGUCGACAAGCCUAGCGUCCCUCGUGUCACCGAUGGCGAAACCGGCGCCUGGCACUACCCCGAUGAAGUUGCUGCAGAGAAUGCAAGCUCUGGCCUCUGGCCAUCGCUCAAUGCGUCCCGGGUCUGACAUCCCGCCCGAUCAUCUGUCUUGGACGAAUGCCAACAUUCACUUUCUGCCUGAGCCUCAAAGUCGUUCCACGGAGGCGGACUGGGGCCAUGACAUGAUUUGGCAUCCAGGAGUCAUCCAGCCGGCGAUCCAAAAGGGUGAGUGGAUCCUGGCGGUCGCUGUCCCGGACGGAGGAUGGAUGCCACUCCCUCGCGGGUCGAAGUCUGACUUCCUCGACGUCACUAGAAUUGCGGUCCUCCAGAAAGCGAGGGCCGAGAAUGGCUCUUUCGCACCCGAAGACGUGUCCGUCAUUUCCACAGUCGGGCGAUUGUUCGCCGAACUUCAGGACAAGUGCUGGUUGGAGCUGACGGAGGACUACUACAACCUCGACACGAGCCCCUUGAAAGGAAGGGUGGACUGGAAAACCCCCCCUCCCAGUGGGACGCAUGUGUGUACAGGGUCCUGGGGACCGGACGGUGGGGAGAACGAGGGCGACGAGGCUGGGGGCGGCAAACGAGUCCCGGGCCGACAACACGAGGGCGACGAGGCUGAGGGCGGGUCUCGGGGCGACACCACGACAGCGGAAGGCAGCGGCGGGGUGGCGGGGGAGGCCCUCGGGCGUCAGCAGUCUACCGGUCCCGGUCUGGAAUGCUCGGCACAGUCGGAGAACAUGCCCAGUUCAUCCGCCUGCUCGGUGAUGGCGGCCUUGGUUGCUCUCCGUGCCGGCUCGGUCAAAACGUUCAAGUCCAUCGGGAUCCGAACUUCAAUGCUUGCAGAGCGGACAGAGAGGACGGACGCGCAAAGCUGGUCAGGACCGGGGGUGGCGAGUCAUCAUCCCAAAAUUGACAGUGGUGCGGUGAGGGACGGGACUUCGCCGUCUGCGGGGGAUCGCCAACCGCUUCGGUCGGAGCGAGAGGGUGCGUGUGGAGGGCCCGGCGACAGGGAGACGGUGAAGUUCGCUGGGAUCCGAACUUCUCCAGGCAAGGCGUGUGGAGGGCCCGACGAUAGGGAGACGGCGAAGUUCGCCGGGAUCUGAACUUUUUCAGGCAAGGCGUGUGGAGGGCCCAGCGACAGGGAGUCCGCGAAGUUCGCCGGGAUCCG